CUGACAUUUGGAUGGAUGAAUGAAUGCGACCAUUCAGAUCGAAUGAUGACGUCCGCCUCCAACACAACAACACAGAGCAUGAACAAGCAGCGGGGAGUGGAGUGGGGGAGUGAAUCCAUGCCAUCCGCACACACACCCACACACACACACAGUACACGAGAGGUGCUUUCACCUCACAAUGACUCGAUAAAAGAAAAGAUGACAUCUAUGACUGGCUGUUCUACAGGGAUGUAUCAUUUGUGCAUCGCUGCACGGCACUUGCGACACUCGACAACACAUGCCCUUUGUGCUAUCCCAUCCACCCACUGUUCAGUCAGUAUGGCUGUGGUCUUGUGUAGUGGAAGCCGAGGAACGUGCCGCCCACAAUGCCCACCGUCAGGGCCAAUCUGACGCAACAAACACAUACACACACACAUGGCACUGCUCUAUAGUCGUGUGCUGUUGCCUACCCUUCUGCCGUGACUGAGAGAGUGCUGCAGUUGGGCCUCUUGAACAAGUCCCUGCCCACUCUGCGCCAGUCGAUGGUCAGCCACCUCAGCAGCACAAACACCUCGGUCAUUAAGACGUUGAUGCCAAGGAAGGCGGCCACGAUGCGGCCCACUCGGCGCAUGGUGUGGCCAAAGAAGAUCCCAAAACACGAACCCAGACAAAACUUGAUGACCUGCAGUGCAUGACACCGUCCAUCGUGGGUCGACACAUCGGCAUGCCUUUCUCUCUCCUUUGCUUGCGUGUGGCUGCCCGACCAUUGUUUGCGGCACAGAGAGCGCCGUGCUGUCCGUCGCAGUCCCGAACGGCUCCUGCCCAGGCGCAGCUGCCGGGGCGUUGACAGGGGGCAGGGACGAGACGGGCACCGGUGAGGGCGCUUCAGAAACAGCCGCCGCCGUAUUGUCACAUCCUAACACACAUCUCACGCACGAACAACGGCACACAUAUACGACCGGAUGGAUCAAUGGAAUGGAUCUUGCUGCACACUUGCAGUUUGUCUGCACUGCUUGGCCGCCAGGUAUACGGCGCCUCCUGCUGCUGCCCCUGCGGCCACCGCUGCGCCCUUGCUGAUGAGUUGAGGCGAAAUCCAUGACGAGUAUGAGUAAGAUGGGAUGAAGAUCCGAUGCGCCAGCCUGCCGCCGAUGCCUCUCGUGAAGACGAUGCUCAUUGUUCUGUUCUUCUGGGAGGCAGCACGUCUUUCAUCUGCCAGGGGCGGCAGCGGUCUCGAGGUCGGUCGGUC